AUGAAGAUGCGGGUGGCCUUUCAGCGCUUCUGCUCGGAGGACAACGACCUGUACCGCGGGCAGGUGCAUGAGGUUUUGACGCACCUUAACUAUGUGCCCGUGUCUGAGGACAAGGCUACGGCCAUUGCCAAAGACACCAACGAGUUUUCGACUUUGGACUUCCAAGACUUUUGCGACUUCUCCGAGCGGUACAUGAACUACGAGCGCGAGGUGAUCCGGGUGAAGAUUGAGGAAUGGACCUCGCGGGAGAAGGAGGAGGACUACGAGGUGGAUGCUGUGAAGGAGUGCCAGGGCUUUCUGAAGUCCAUGGGCACCGUCUGCCUGAAGGCGGCGGUGGAGGAGACCUUGGUGCUGGGGGGCCUCAGCGGUCUGGAGUGCACCAAGGCGGAGGAGCUGCUGCGGUUCCUGGCAGCCUUCCGUGCCCGCGAGGGCUUCACCGCUGAGGAGAUCACCCGCAUUCAACAGAUCUUCGACGCCUGCGAGGCCGAGCCACAACCCAAGACGGCCUCGGAGAUGCGCGCGGACAGGCACAUCAAGGCCUCCCAGCUGUGCACCGGCCUGCUGAAGUUCGCCGGGCUCUACUGCGCAGAACAGCUCAGAGAGCUCUUGGACAAGAUGGAGGAGAGCAUGGAGUUGGACAAGCCUCCGCCCAUCUCCUUCUUCGAGUUCCUGGUGUGCUGCAGACGCAUCCGAGACAUGAUGCUGCUGGCAGCCUCGGAGGAAUUCGACAACGUGGACCAGGAUGAGGACGGGGUCAUCGAGGGCGAAGAACUUCGGGAGUUCUGCAAGCCUUUGGGUUUCACCUUGUCCAACGCCGAGUGGGAGGAGAUGCUGGCAGAACAGGACAUCAGUCCAGAGGAUGACAUCGAGUUCCAGGGCGCGUGGAGCUUCCUUCAAGGCGUGCAGCAGAAGAACGGCUUCACACAGGAGGAGGCGGAUGAGCUUGAGGAAGCCUUUCACCGCUUCUCCGACACCACAGGAGAGCUGCAGAAUCUGAAGGUUCAGGAGCUGCUCGUGUACAUGGGCUUCCAAAGCUCCGUGGAGGAGGUGCAGAGCAUGGUGAGGAGAGUGGACUUCAAUGGGAACAAGACCAUGGACAAAAACGAGUUCCUCCGUUUGAUGCGCCUGCAGCGCGAGACCACCUUGGCCUCCUACACGGCGGCCUACGCGCGCUCCCGGCUCUACGCACGGCAGAACGCCACGCCCAGCGAGGUGACGAAGAUCCUGGAGUUGGCCAAGCUGCAGCCGAACGUCAAGAUCUUGAACCAAGCUUUGGAGUUGGUCAAGGAGUCGGGCGACUACGACGAGGAGCAGCCCUCCUUGUCCUGGGAGGGCUUCCUCAAAGUGGCGGACUAUUGCCGGAAGACCAUCCCCGUGGAGAACCGGAAGUACGCCCACUUCGACCUCCAGGAGAUCGCAGUCCUGCGCAAGUCCUUCAACUCCCAGGACGUGGACAGGAACGGCUGGAUCUCCAUCGGCAGCUUCUUGUGGCUGCUGAGCGACACCACCAUGCAGGUGAACACGGUCAAUGGCCGCGCCCGCAUGUAUGAGCAGAUGGAGCGUGCGCGCAAGCAUGCGCUGGAAGCCGGCGUGAAUCCUACGGAGGUGGGCAAUCCCCAGAGCCCGCGCUUGAGAUUCUUCCCCAUGAUCCACUUUGUGCAUGAGACGGUGAAGAACCACACCGAUGCAGUCUUCCAGCGAGAGGAUGAGGCGCUGAAGGCAGUCCAGUUCUCUCAGCCGCAGGUGGCGAUGUUCCGGGAGCUCUUCGGAGCCUUAGCGCGGCAGCGGGAGGUGGAGAAGGAGCCCGAGGUGAGUUGGCGCUUGGGCUUCUCCGUUUGCGUGAUGUACUUUCUCUCCCUCACGGGGCUGGGCGCGAACUUGGAGAAGCAGCAGAUGCUCCUGGGGCUGCGGAGCGGGGUGUGGUGCCUGGACUGCUUCCUGCUGGGGGCGCUGGGCUCCUGGCUCUCCAUGUCGGGCAUCGGGCCUUGGGAGGCCUUCCCCCUGCAGGACACGACCGAGCUGCCAAAAGGCAUCGGCCACGCCACCCACGGCACGCAGCUCUACUUCUCCUCCAACGGUAGGCUGACUCGAACCGACGCCGCCUCGGCCACGGCGACGGAGGAGCUGGAAGUCCUGGACCCGCACUCCUUCCUCGAGUACAACGGCGACCUCUUCUUCUUCGGCCGCCUGGGCGAUGCCGAGGGCCUCUGGGCCGUGAAAGGCCACGGCUCCAGCCCCGCGCUGCUGCAGCGCUUCGCCCCGGGCCUGGCGCUGCGCCCGGCCGCGGCGAAUUCGUCGAGCGCGGCGGGCGGCUUUGGCUUUGUGGCGCGGGGGCGCUGCGGCCACGGCCUGGCCGGCACGGUGGAGUUCAGCUCGAACGGCACGGCAGGAGUGCCAGAGGCUGAGGUCUCUGUCUUGGAUCUUUGCCUGCAGCUAGGCGCUGGGUGGACCUUGCGUCCCCCCACCGGGCGCCUGCUGGGGGUGCUGCUGCUGGGAGUGCUGCCCCAGACCGUGCUCGGGGCCUAUUUGCUGAUUCAGAAGCAGGUGCCGGGCGCCUUCUUCAACGUCUUCGCGGGCAUCUAUGCCAUGGUCUUCCUGAUCUGGCUACUGAUGAAGGCGGACGUGGGGAACAUGCUCUUCUUCCUGAAGGCCUCGGCCGUGACCUACGCCGCCACGACCUGCGUGGCGGUGGCGCUGCACCAACAGCUCUGGAGCGACCUCUCGGCGCCCUUCGCGGAGGAGCUGGGCACGUGGUCCGUGACCGUGGCGGCCGGGGCCUUCUUCGCCAGCUCACUGCUGCUGCUGGACAUGCCCAACGCCCCAGGCGGCUCCUGCGCGGUCUUCGCGGUGCUGCAGCUUCUGCUGAUCCUCUGGGCGCCCUUCACCCAGCGCUCGGCCCCGGCGCUGCUGGCGGCGCUGGGACUGCUGCUGCUGCUGCACCAGCUGACCGCAGACGUCUUCUUGCCGAAGCUGCGUCUGCAGGAGGAGUUGAACCAUGCACUGCAGCUGGCGAUGUUCUAUGCUCUCGGCACCUUCGUCCUGCUUGGCUUUUUGCUCUACAAAGACCAGCGGCACUGCCUGGAGGCCGCGGUGAAGGUCCGAUGGAAGGCGCCGGCGGCGCCGCCGCCGGACGCGGCGGACUCGGCGGCGGCGGAGAAGGUGUGGGAGCCCAAGGGGGAGGAGCCUUUGCCUCUGCUGGAGCCAGAGGACGACACGCAGGAGUCCUGGCUCAUGUUGGAGCAGCUGCCUAUGGGUCAGCUCCUCCAACUCCAGCGCCACUUCGGCGCCGUUUGGGGCGAGUCGCACGGGGCGAAAGCCGACGAGGUCUUCGAGUUGUAUUUGCAGCUCAAGAUCUUGCAGAUCCCUCAGCAUGCCAUGCAGGCGCAGCAAGUCCUCUCGGAGGCAGAAGAGGCCAUACGGCAGCAGAAAGAGAGGGAGCUGACGCUGGGGGCCGUAAUCAAGCGCCUCACCAAGGUGGACAGAGUGCCGGGCACUGAGAUCGUGAAGAUGGUGACCUUGAUGGGUGUCAAGUUGUCCGGGCCGCUGCGGCAAGAGCUCAUGGACAGGACGAUCCACUUCAGCGACCAGCCGGAUGGCGCAUUGGACUUCCCGGGCUUCUUGCAGCUGAUGCAAUGGAUGGUGGGCACCAACUUUGGCAACAUCAAUGCGGCCGCCGAGAACACCGUUAAGAUGCGGGGGCUCAUGGACAAGAGCGGGCGCCUGCAGCCGGGGCUGCUCUCCUUCGGAAAGUUCGCGCACAUGGAGGGCGUGAACGUCCGAGCCCGGCCGCGAAAUCUCCCCAGCGACAUCGAUCUCCUUUGA